UCUAGUAAUAGCCGUAUAAUAGCCUUGUGCCCUUCUCUAGCUGCCAUAUGCAGCGCUAUCUGUUUAUAUUCAUCCUUUGCCUCAAUGUCUGCCCCCUUUUCUAGUAAUAGCCAUAUAAUAGCUUCGUACCCUUCCCUAGCCGCUAUAUGCAGCACCGUCUGUCCAUAG